AUGCAGAGUUUCGAAACCGAACUGCAGCCGGUUUCUUCCUUCAUACAAUUCAGGUCCUACAUGUCAAUUGACUACAUUUUUGAGGAAAAACAGACUAUUUUAGUUGAAUUAUAUCAAUGCUCAAAAGGCAAUAAGAUGGAUUCAUCCCUGUUAGGCAGCACAGAAAUUUUAGUCGGAAGAACAAUUCACAGUGGAGGUGAAGAGGAAGUUCCUUUAAGAAUUCCCCAAGGUGCAACUGGGGAGUCUGAACCCUUCAACGGAUCAAUGAUACUUUGCAUUCGAGAAGAACCUUCAAUAAAGCAAAACAUUGUUCUGAAGAUGCAAGGUGUCGGAUUGGACAAAAAGGAUAUGUUUGGAAAAUCAGAUCCUUACAUUAUUAUUCUCAGGAGAAAUGAACGUGGAAAAGACACGGUCGAUCCUGAUAUAGACGAUGUUAUUGGCGAGUUCAUAACAACAGCCAGGUUCCUAUUGACCUGUACAAACGAAGGAAGGAACUUUGAGUUAAUAAAUCGUUCAAAAUUUCGCCGGAAAAAGGUGUACAGUAACUCGGGCGUUGUCAACGUUAAAGUCAGCAUCUCCUCAAACGCGUGCUCAUUUUUGGAUUAUAUUUUAAGUGGAACCAGCAUUAAUGUGAUCGUCGGAAUAGACUUGUCAAAUCAAAUUCACCAGAGUAAUAGCCCAAUGCGCUUUACUGAAGCCAUCUCCAUUGCGAGAUCAGCAGCGGUCAAUAAUGAGUACAUCAUUGCAAUCCAAGCUGUUGUGGAAAUUCUUCAAGUUUACGACAGGUAG